AUGCGUUUCUCUAUCCUUCUGUCUAUGCUGCCUUUGGCCCUCUCCGUUGCAGCUAUCAACGUCACCGAGCCUGCCAAGGGUGACAAGCUCGAUGUCUCCCACACUUUCGCCGUGAAGUGGACUUCCGUCAACACUGACGACUCCACCGUUGACAUCGUCCUUAUCAACAACAAUGUCUACCCCAAUGUUGAGGAGAAGAUCGCCUCCGGCGUCGACACCUCCGCAGGCUCCUACACCGUCAAGGGUCUGAAGGAUGUUACCGUUGGUUCUGGUUUCCAGAUCAACCUGCUCUCCACCGAGCGCCAGAACACCGGCAUCCUCGCUCAGUCCCAGAAGUUCGAGGUGACCGAGCCUGAUAAUGGCCCCUCCACUACUACUACCGGUACAUCUUCCACUAUUUCUUCUGAAUCUUCUUCUGUCUCUUCCUCUGCUUCCACCUCUACUGGUACCCACACCACUGAGACCGAUGCUUCCACUACUGGUACUUCCACCCCAGGCGUUUCUAUUAUCAAACCCUCCACCGGAAACUUUACCUCUGGAUCCCUUACUACUAGUCUCCCCCAUGGAAAAAACAGCACUGAUACUUCUCUCCUUACAGCCACCGGAACUGCCUCCACCGGAACUUCUACUGGUACCAACACCAAGACUGGUCUGACCACCUCCGCCACCGGCACUUCUACCGGCACCGCUACCGGUUCUGCCACUGCCUCCCCUACUGCCUCCGAGGGUGCUGCUAUGGCCCUGGUUGCCCCCGGUGCCGCCGCUGGCCUUCUGGCUGGUUUCCUCGCUUUCCUGUAA